CCGACUCCCGCCAUUGACGACUUGUCGACAAGCGAUCAACAGAGCAACCAAAAAAAAAAAAAAAACCUAGUUUUGUACUCUGCAAUUAUAGGAAAAACUCAGAGGCAGGGCCCCCAUUUUCACAUAAACGAAAGCCGAAAUCAGAAGACGAAAGAAUCCUGAAAUCCACAACACAGAAAAUGAAGGGGAAAUCGAAGCGAUCCAAGAUCAAUCUAGGGUUCCCGAGCAUCUGCCUCUUAUGCUUCAUCUUCUUCCUCGUUGGCUUCUACGCUUCCUCACUCCUAUCUCGUGAUGUUCCACGAAUUAGACCGAGGUUGAGAAUGCUUGAACUGGAUAAAGAGAGGGAGGGACAGGAGCUUGAUUGGAUAAUGCCGAAUGGCGAAAGUGGAGACUCAUUUUUGAGUUCGAUUCCAUUUCAGGUUCUGAGUUGGAAGCCACGGGCUCUUUAUUUUCCAUCUUUUGCAACUGAAGAACAGUGCAAAACCAUUGUUGCUAUGGCAAAGAAACGACUUCAACCAUCAACCCUGGCAUUGAGAAAGGGAGAAACUGAAGAGAGCACCAAGGGCACUAGAACAAGUUCAGGCACAUUUAUUAGUGGAUCAGAAGACACAAGUGGAUCCUUGGAAUUCAUUGAGGAGAAAAUUGCAAGGGCUACAAUGAUCCCUAGAAAAUAUGGCGAGGCAUUCAAUAUUCUGCGAUACGAAAUCGGACAAAAGUAUGAUUCGCAUUAUGAUGCAUUCAACCCGGCUGAAUAUGGCCCGCAGACAAGCCAAAGGGUUGCCUCUUUUUUAUUAUAUUUAUCUGAUGUAGAAGAAGGCGGAGAAACCAUGUUCCCUUUUGAGAAUGGUACAAGAAUAAGUUCUGGCUAUGAUUACAAGCAGUGUGUCGGUUUAAAAGUGAAGCCACGGAGAGGUGAUGGACUUCUCUUCUAUUCACUGUUUGUGAAUGGGACAAUUGAUCAGUUAUCUCUUCAUGGAAGUUGUCCUGUGAUCAAAGGGGAGAAAUGGGUAGCUACAAAAUGGAUUAGAGAUCAAGAACAGGAGGACUAAGUAUUGCUGCCAAUACCAUAUACGUGAUCUGAUUCGAUCGACUGUCGUAAUCAUGACAACGUACUUUGGUGAAUUGAGGGUGCUCAAAAUUCUCACUUCUUGUUACAAACCUUCUUUAUGUAAUUUAGAGGAACCCUUGUAAACCUUUUUGCUUGUACUUUUUUUAUGGUGCAUUGAUGUAUAGAUUUUUAUGUAAAAGACUUCUAGAGAUGUAGCAUUGUAAGAGAUUGUUAGAGAGAACAACUUUUAUCACUUGCUCUCACAUCAUUUUGUAGGUAAUAAUAUGGGGUGAGUAAUGUAGUUUUAAACCGCAUCAACUAAUAUUUUCCUUAACCGUAAAA